AUGAGGAAGUUAGGGAUGAGAUACGUCCUUGCGAUUUGCCUGAUUGGCGUAAGUGCUUUUUUCAUUUCCUGUGAUAAUGAGGAGGUGGUAGCACACUAUAAUCGGGGAAAUGCUUAUCAGGAUGAAGGCAAAUUCAAUCGAGCGAUUCUAGCAUACAAGAAAGCGAUCGAGAUGGACGCCAACUUUGCAGAAGCGCACUAUAGUUUGGGAAACACCUAUUAUCGUCAGGGUCAAAUUGAUGAAGCGGCAAUAGCGUACAGAAAUGCCGUCCGUAUCCAGCCAGAUUUUGUGGAGGCGCGUAACGGCUUGGGACUUGUCUAUCGUAUCCAAGACAACGAUGAGGCUGCAAUCGUGGAGUUCAAAGAGGUGGUCAACAUUGCCCCGGAUAACCCACGAGCGCAUUACAAUCUGGGUCGCACUUACAUGGAUCAAGGUAAAUUUGAGAGUGCUAUUGUUUCGUUAGAGCAAGCGAUUCACCUCAACCUGAAUAGUGCAUACGCUUACUACUACCUCGGAAAUUCCUACAAAGCGCGGGACAAACUUGACCAAGCCAUGGCUGCAUACAAAAAGGCUAUUGCGAUAAACCCAUACGACGCCUUAUCACAUCACAAUAUGGGAAUCUCCCUUUAUAAUCAGGAGCGGUUUGAUGAAGCCAUAACCCACUUUGAAGCGGCAGUCCGCAUUAGCCCGAGAUUGGCAAAUCUGUACAAUAACCUCGGAAAAGCCUACAAAGCACAAGACAAACUUGAUGAAGCCGUCGCUGCGUUCGAGAAGGCAACGAGCGUCAACCCAAGCGAUGCAAGAGCAUAUUACAAUUUGGGGGCCAUCUAUGCUGAACGAGGCGAUAAUGGAGAUGCUAUGACCCAGUACAAGAGGGCGCUCCACUUGGCUCGUACCAAUUCCAACCUACAGGAACUUAUACCUGAGAUAGAAGAUCGUAUUAAAGCGUUAAAAUAA